AUGGCAUGCCAGGGCUGCGGACGCGAAUCGGAAACGCGCCUGUGCUGCCCAACUUGCAUCGAGCUGGGACAGACUUCCUUCUUUUGCAACCAGGAGUGCUUCGCCAAGAACUGGGCCGCCCAUAGCCAGUUUCACGAAGGGGUCAGGAAGAAGAAGGCGGAGGAAGCUGCGGCUGCGAGGAUGGCUUCCAGGCAGGCCCAGGUGAAGGAGAGCGCCUCGUACCCGCGCGGGAUGGGCGCACCAUUGCCAGGAGGCAUGCCGCUAGUUUCCAGCUUCGGCGCGUCGCAGAAACGUGCGACCACCGGCGCGGCCAAGAAGUCGGAUGAUGGGGUGGCGAACCCGCCAGCCAGCGGCCAAGGCAUGCUUGGAAGCUUCUUCGACCAAGCCAAGGCCAUGCUUUCCGGCUCGGAGACGUCUGCGGUUCGGGGCCAGGACGGUCAAGCCAACAGGCCCCGCCUGAGGGAGCGCAGCCCCGCUCCGGCUGCGGGAGCCAAGGGCCCCCAGGCCACGCUCCAGAAGCCAAGGCCUGCUUUCUCACUGCAGACGGGGCUCGUGGCGGUCCUCAUCUUCGCGGUUCUGGGAGGAGGGCUGCUGUACGUGCAGCACCAGCGGUUUGCUGAGGAAGCAGCUGCUGGUGGGCAGGCAGCUCUCACCGCUGCCGCAGCAGCAGCUGUCUCACUCGAGGGUGCCCCAAGGGAGGAGACGCUCGUGGUGGCCGCGGAAGAAGCGCCAGGUCCACGCGGCAACGGCGCAGCAACUUCGCCACCGGUCUCAGCCGACCUCCGUGCAGAGCUCGCAGCACUGCGCGAGACGGUUGAGAAGCACGAGAAGAUGCUGAGAUACGUGAUGGACCGCUAUGUUGAGAAAGACCUGCGCACGGCCCCGCAGCCCCAGCAAGGUGGCGUGCAGGCCUCAGUGGUGAACGCCUCCCAAGCCGGCGCCACAGCGGCUGCGGAGGUGAAAAGCGAGGCACGAGCAGGGGAUGCGCCUCGCAAGCGGAAAGCCGGCGGGGACACCUCGAUGGUGGGCAUGCCACAGCCCGAGGCCACGGCAGAGGCGAGUGCUUCCUCGGAUUGA